AUGAGACACGAGAAGAAGAAGAGAGGAGCAUCCUCACCUCCUCACGCCGAAAUGGAAACCGAGCAGCAGCAGCAAGGCAAGGCAACAGAACACAAAGACGAAGACGAAGACGACCAUUGUGAGCAGCAGCAGGAGGAAGAUGCGGAGGAGGAGGAUUGUAGCGGAACAUCUGCUCCAGUACACCGUGGCACAACGACGACCAGCCAGUUCGUUUGUCGGGGCGCGUGUCUGAUGCUACGCCGAUUCACUGCCCAAAAAAAAAGCAAAUCCAAGCAGCGUUUUGGCCUUCAACAUCCGGUGAACAGAACAUUGGUGCACUCCUUGGAACAUCAGUGGUGUCGCUUAUUAGCUGAUAUUGGUGGAACUGUGAUGGUUUGA